CCGCUACGAUGGAUGUACGAAGAUUCAUCCAAGUGUUUGGCGGGAUGAUUUUGCACAGCACACCCCAUCUGUAUUUAUCAGCACUCCCCUUCUCACCUGUCAACUCUACCAUUGCUACCAAAUUCACGGCUAGGUUUCCGAAUAGCCUUCGUCUGGUACGCGGCUGGGAUUUGAAUUGGACAGUUGUUGAGGCGAUAAUCACUGGGCACACUGACGCGGUUCAGUCAGUCUCGUUCUCACCGGAUGGUACUCACAUCGCAUCUGGUUCGGAGGAUGACACUGUGUGGCUGUGGAAUGCAGCGACGGGACAGCCAUUGGGUGAGCCCUUGAAGGGGCACACUGGCCCGGUUUUUUCAGUCUCGUUCUCACCGGAUGGUACUCGCAUCGCAUCUGGUUCGUGUGAUAACACUGUGCGGCUUAUGAGAGUGCUGCCAUUCCUCGAAUCAAGAGAACCGGAUUCCUCUGCAUCUCCAUUCCAUCGAUGUACCGCACCUCCCACUCAGGAGACUCAUAUCACACCAACCAAAACUUUUGACUAUCUCCCCAUUUCCUUCUCGCCCUGCCUAAAACAUGCCCUGCCCAACCCCCCUUACUUGCUCGAACCCACCUCUGGACAUCAUUCUAAUCCAACCUUUUUCUUGCUGCAGCCUGAUGGGUGGAUCAUGGGACCCAAUCAUGAGCUCCUUUUUUGGGUACCUCCUGCUUCGCGCCCCGCGUUUUAUUCUCCUGACACCGCAAUGGUGAUCCCCAGAGGAGGUGUUGAGCUUGAUUUAAGCUGCAUGGUACAUGGGACGCGCUGGUCGAGUUGCGGAGACGCCUCCGCAUAA